GAACUGGACUGGAAAACCUUCGUCGAAGCUGUCAAUGUCGAGCGCUUAUCACCUAAACCUGAAUGGCAGGCCGUCAUCAGUGUUGAUUCGCAUUACUCCCUGCCGAAGUCGGCCUACCAAAGUGACGACGACUCCCAGGCCCCGCUACGCUCCUCUCAAGUCAGGAAACAGUCUCAAACUGCUUAGCCUAGACGCCCUAAGAGUGCUACGGUUGCGCAUCUUCAGAAUAUUGAAGCUGGAUUUGAGGGUGACCCGGCUAAGAAAGACAAGAUUGCUGCGCUACGAGCACUUCAAGCCUGCUGGAUGUGCUCAAAGCAUCAUCAAAGCAUCUGCUAUAUUCACCCUCUCAGCGGAGUCCAUCACCGUGUUAACUACAUGCAGCAAAACCGCUGCGCAAUUGCUGUUGUCAAGCCUGGUCCUACAGUCACCAUCGAAAGGCCUUCCAUUUCAGACUCAGUCUUCAAGGACUUUCACGAAGCAUUCCAGCGAGCGGAUAUACCGGCCAGCACACCUGAUUCCCGCCCCUGCUCAGCAGGGUUUCCAAGGCUUCCUACUCCGCUGUCUGCUGACAUGGAGUAUCCAUUGAGUCAAGGCACCCCAGCCCCGAACCCCCUGAGAGGCUCCGCCCCUCCUACGGGACCAGCAGCAGACGAUCUGGAGGGAUUCCUGGGGUUUGUAUGGGAGCAUUUGCCUGCCUACACCAACUUUGAUAUUGAUAUUGCCACGAAAUUGACAAUGGCCUUGUCAUGAAUGGCUUCAUGACCUCCGGUUUCCCACACUCUUCCUGUGAUCAUGCAACGUCUAUGUACGUUCAUGUAUGUGUCCUAUUAUUAGGUCUUAUGUUUAUGUCUUACAGGUACGUCUUAAGUUUAUGUCUUAACUUAUAUUAGUCUUACGUAGUUCUGGCUUGGUGGCUUGGUGGCGUCACGGCACGGCACGGCACGCCACGGCAGC